AGUAAUGAGCCACGUGCACCUAAUUCUAAACCCUCUAACGAAUAAAAAAUUAAAAUUUAAUUUCUCAAAAAGUCAAAACAACUAAAUAAAAAACAUUUUCUCUUAUCAAAAAAUUUAGAACCAUUAGAUUUGCUAGAUGUGUUCAGAGACCGUUGGAUUCCAUUUCUGUGUCAAAAGACUCAAAACAACCCAAAACUCUUUCAUCUUCAUCAAAUUCUCUCUUUCAUCUACAAUCACUCAUCAAUGGCGAUUUCUCAAGCUCAGCCUCUGCUUCUUCUCCUCUUAUCACUCUUCUUCUUACCUGCUUUACACGCAACUUCUUUCUCCUACUGCGAUAAGAGGCUCGAUCCCGUUAAGGUCACGGGUGUGAAGAUCUCUCCUGACCCUGUUGUGAGUGGUGAAGCUGCAACAUUUAAGAUUUUGGGUUCUACUGGCGAAGACAUCUCUGGAGGAAAAGUAGUGAUCAGGGUUUCAUACUUUGGGAUUCCUGUUCAUACCGAAACUCAUGACCUCUGCAAGGAGACGGCCUGCCCGGUUGCACCAGGCAGCUUUGUGCUUUCUCAUUCCCAAACACUCCCCUCAAUUACACCACCUGGCACUUACACGCUUAAGAUGACAAUCAACGACAAGAAUGGCGGAAGACUAACGUGCAUCAGCUUCAAAUUCAAGAUCACAAUAGGUUCCGCGGUCUUUGCUAGUUAAGUUUUAUGGUGUAAAUUGCGUCUUUGUGAAUCUCUCUCUCUCUCUCUCUCGUUUACUUUUGUGGUGUCCAAAUAAAGAAUGCUCUUUUGAGACUUGAGUUAAUCUAUAUGAAACAGAGUCACAGACCAA